AUGACCAACAGCUAUCAAGCCUACUAUACAAGUUUCCAUUGCUCCUGUGCUGGACUUUUCUGGAUCGCUCUAGAAAAUCUUAUCUUCAGCUAUCAAGCCUACUAUACUUCCGUUACGAGUUUAAGAGCUGCUCAACUCUGGUGCUUGGUCUGGUGCAAAUCGGACCAAGCACCAGAGUUGAGUGUUCAUCUCAAGGUGCUUCGCCGUCUCAAAGACCGCAUGCAGAGGGGACGGCGUCUGGACGAAAUCAAGUCCACACACUGGGGACCCUCUGCCUGA